UAGUUAUGGCGGCUGGAACACAUUCGAUCGUCCAAAGAACAAACGUUUUAUGGAUUUUUGAAGGAUUAUUUCCAGCUACUGGAACUCUUCAGUGAUUCACUGAGAGCAAAGUUAUAAGCGUCAAGGAAGUACGUUAUAGAGUGGCAUAGUUUCUGCACGAUUACGCUUCACGAUAUGAGCACUGGUAUUUGGUUGUGAACUUGCUGUGUACUGACAAUAAGACUUAUUAUUUCUACAAUUUGAAGUAUUUCCUUCUAAAAUGGCGUAUUUUUCGAAGUAUUUCCUGCGCAUUUCAAAACAUGGUUCKCCGUKGUUUAGGUACGAUCUCUUUGAUUCAACCUGCAGAGACAUUUUGAAGAGAAAUUUUGCUAUCGAAUCUAGAUUUGCUUCAACCAGACGACAUAUAAACAUCACCAACUCUUCCCUCGGUGAUGGCCAAUCUGUCAGGACCAGAAGCUAUACACAUCGAUCGUUUAGAACUCCUUUAUCUUGUCAUUAUAUCAACUAUAGAUUACGAUUCAUCAGUACAGGUCGAGCGUUGCUGGCACAAGAACCGUGGAUGAUUUCUGACUAUGAAGUAAACUCGAUGAUUGCUGCCGAAGAAAUAUCUGGCGAAAUCAAAGAUGGCGUGAUCCAGCGCUUUGAAUCAAAUCAAUUAGCCUCUAAUAACCCUAUAGAAGAUAGGAAAUUUAUCGCCAAGCUAUUACACGAUGAAGGAGGGUAYCUUUUUGGAGUUUUAGACGGACAUGGUGGCGACCAGUGUGCUAGGAGUGUAUGCCAAAGAAUUUCAAAUUACAUUGCGUUGAGCCUUAUARCCCCUGCUGUUUUGUCUGAAUUUGAUUCUAUACCAAAACUCGUUGAAUAUAUUUGUAUGUCAAGUAAUGAGUAUCACGAUUACAGCUAUAUUGACAAUCCUGUAUGCCAAAGAAAUUUUGGUGAAUAUUUUCGGAACUUGCAGCAGGAUAACAACUACAACUUCCGGCCAAUCCAAACAACCAUUUCCAGCAAGCUGAAAAUUAGAGGACUUCACGCUAGGGCUGAGGAACUUCAAGAUAGGCAAUUUGCACAUAGAGUCAAUGCUUUAACCAAUGCAUAUCUUGCAUUGGAUGAGGAUAUAUCACAAGAGGCAUUGAAUUUAAAUGAGCAAGGGGAAGUUGAUGARCAUUUGUUYGAUGCAGCUAAUGCAGGWGCAUGCRCUUUGGUUGCUCACCUUAACGGAACAGAACUCUGCAUUGCUAACACUGGGGAUUGCCGUGCMGUUCUUGGCRUAGAGAAUUCAGAUAAUACUUGGUCUGCUAUACAGUUAACAUCAGAUCAUACUGCAAGUAACCCAGAAGAGGUCCAACGUAUUGUAAGCCAGCAUCCUUUAGAAGAAUCUACCACAUGCAUACAGUAUGAAAGACUUUUAAAAAGGCUUGCACCUUUAAGAGCAUUUGGUGACGUCCGAUUUAAAUGGGACACAGAAACUCAGGCAAAAAUCUACAAACAGUUCCCCGGCAUAAAUUACUUCACUGAAAAAGACAAUUAUUUGACCCCACCAUAUCUCACGGCAGAACCAGAAGUUACCACCUAUCAGCUGCAGAAGUCUGAUAGAUUCCUAGUACUAGCCACAGAUGGAUUGUGGGACAUGUUGAGUAAUGAAGAAGUGGUCCAUUUUGUCAAGGAACAUUUAGAUAAAAGAGAAACCCCUCCAGCUGAUAAAGAAGCUUAUCAGAUAACAUUCAAUGAGCAUGAGCUCCCCUGUGAGCUGACCAACUCUGCAUCAUGUUUGAUAAGGGAAGCUCUUGGCGGUGAUGACCAUGUUGCCGUUAGCUCAUCGCUGARUAUUCCACACCCUGAUACUAGGYWWUAUCGUGACGACAUGACUGUCAUUGUCGUUUUCUUUGACUGGGAUCAGUUAGACGUAUCCAGUGAAGGUGAAGAUGCAAUUGUGUAAAUAAGUAUUAAUAGUUUCUCUCAAAACGUUUGUCCAGUUGAUAAAUAAGUUAUUUGACAUGCGGUGUGUUUUUUCAACUGGGCAAUCUUUUUAAAAUAGACAAUAUUUUAAAGAGGUCAGGUAAAAUGUGAAUGUUAUAAUAGUAAUGGCGUGUAUUAUAACUGAAUCACUUGAAAAUGUAUAGUCAGAAAAUAACUUUUGGUUUGUUAUAGAAUGAGAUAUAGUUUGGUCAUUGUUUGUUGUAAAUAUGGUGAAGAGGUAAUUCCCACAAUAAGUAUAGGUGGUAGAACCAUGAGCAUCUGUAUUGAAUGUUUUUAGCGAUGUAAACAAUUCCAUUAAAGUUGAAGUUUCACUUGAAACCAUAAGUUAAUCAGUC